AUGGAUGUUUCUCAACUUCCGGACAUCACCGGCUUGCUUGUCAGGCCAGAUAACCCUCCACGAGAGGAUGUCGAAGGAAUGGAUUACUCACGAUGUGUGGCUCUAUACAACUACCUGAUACAAUAUGCUUGGCUCGCUGAAGGCCGUCCACUGGCAACUCUGAAUAGCAACAGCACCAACUUUUUCACGGUCCACGGUGCUGAAGCUGAGGCUAUUCGUCCAAGACUUGAUCCGUCGGUGGUGGCUUUCCUUGACAACGCUAUAAUACCUCCUUGGGAAGAUUUUGGCGAAACGCCACUCUCUAUUUUCGCAUCGGCACUCAAUUGGCCACAAUCACUUUUUGCGGAAGUUGAAGCUGAUCUUGAAGACCAGCCGGUUGACAGUAUGCUGCGCUUGUGCUAUGUGGCCUUAUCAACCGAUGACAGUAAUGGGGGUGUUAUCUACCACCAACGCCACCAUCGCGUCGCGAUAUUUAUGCAUACUGAUGACUGGGGCUUCGGGUUUCCAGUCAAGGAUCAUCCAGACGUUUGGAACCCAUUCGAGACAGUGCUCUCCCACUGGAUUGACAUGAUUAAUAUCGGAAAAGUCGUGGCUGCGCCUCAUGAAGAGCCAGCGCUAUUCGAAUUCGAGAAGAUCGGGCCCUGGGAGUGGCGGCCCUAUAGCGAAGCCCAGAUUACUACGUGUGUUGACGCGUGGGAUCGGUUGUGUCAGGCUAUCGAGACACGCAUCUCGCAGCUACCAAACCCACCAUCACUAAUCAGUUCCGGUUCCAGGACUGAUACGGAUAAUCUAGAGCCACUGGUCGCAUUAAGCGUCCUAGACGCCGCCUCGGUGCUCGAUCCUUGCUUUACGCGUUCAUUUCUAUCACGCGCGAGACGACCCUCGUUCCAAUAUAUCGCUCCAGGCCUUCUCCUGCCCCCAGCUGACUUAUCUGGGUUUGUGGCGCUACAGACAUUCACCGCAUUGCCCCUUUCCCAGUAUACCGUACCGCCAGUGUGCCUUUUCCCCGCCGAUACCGGAUACCAGCGUCCUAUCGAGCUUACGAGAUUUACAAGUCCAUGGGUAUUAAUGGAGGAUUUCUAUUCAUCGUCUACUGAUACGCAUACACCCUCUCAUAUCUCUGCGGGUCUAUAUACUACAGCAGUGGAUAGAAAAUGGGAUGAUAUGGCCGAGGAUGGAUUUCAGCUGUUUCUCCCGUUUACCGUCAAUGCUGGCUAUGAUAGGAAGGUAGGCGCACGAAAAAGCGAUGGGGAGCUUGUUGAUAGGGACAGUUUUUCAGGACUCUUUCAGCAUGGAUUCAAGCCUUUUGGUGGUAACUACUACCGCCCUCAGCGGCUGGAGCGUUUGUUGGAUUGUUGGCGCAAGCUGGUUGAAGAUGGCGUCUGGUCUGUUGGGCCGGAUGGGGUAGAAGGUACAAUUGAUACUUUCAAAGAUGCUGAGACGGAGAGUCGUUGGAGGAAUUAUUAUAUUUCUCCCACGUGGUAG